AGAAAGAGAGAGAGAGUGCAGUAGAGUAUAAAACAUGACCAUCAAAAGCAAGGGACCAAAACCUAUCUAUAACAGAUCAUGUAACAGAUAAGAAACCAAAAGGCAAAGCAUAGCACUUGUGAUUUUCAAGUUGAACACAACAAAACAAUGCCAUUCUCUCCCACAUCUCCUUCUUCUUCUUCACUCUCUACCCUUCAAUCUUCUACUCCUGCUCUUUUUUCUUCACUCAAACCACACUCCCAUCUUUUUCCUACCUCUUCCUUUUCUUAUGCUUUCAACCCCAAGAAAAGACUCUCCCACACUCGUCGUUUUCGCGUUGCUGCUGCAAAUGUAACUCUCCAGUCUGGCAAUGGUGCUGUUGCUGUUGAUGCUACUCCUAAUACUGCCACUGAGAAGCUGGACUCAUCUUACUAUGGAAGACAGUACUUCCCUUUAGCUGCUGUUGUUGGCCAGGAUGCUAUCAAAACUGCUCUUUUGCUUGGGGCUAUUGACCGUGAGAUUGGUGGGAUUGCUAUAUCUGGAAAGCGAGGAACAGCCAAGACAGUUAUGGCACGUGGGCUUCAUGAAGUUUUGCCACCCAUUGAUGUAGUCAUGGGUUCAAUAGCAAAUGCAGAUCCAGUAUGCCCUGAAGAGUGGGAGGAUGGUUUGGCUGAACGAGUGGAAUAUGAUUCCGAUGGUAAUAUCAAGACCCAAGUUGUGAGAUCUCCUUUCGUUCAGAUUCCUCUGGGAGUUACCGAGGAUAGGCUCAUUGGAUCUGUUGAUGUUGAGGAGUCCGUGAAAACAGGAACAACUGUCUUCCAACCUGGUCUUCUUGCUGAAGCUCAUAGAGGUGUUUUAUAUGUUGACGAAAUUAAUCUCUUGGAUGAGGGUAUAAGUAAUUUGCUUCUUAAUGUGUUGACCGAAGGAGUUAAUAUCGUGGAAAGAGAGGGAAUCAGCUUUAGGCAUCCUUGCAAGCCACUUUUGAUUGCUACUUAUAACCCAGAAGAAGGUGUUGUUCGUGAACACUUAUUAGAUCGCAUUGCUAUUAAUUUGAGCGCAGAUCUUCCAAUGAAUUUUGAAGAUCGUGUUGCAGCUGUUGGAAUUGCAACACAAUUUCAGGAACAUAUUAAUGAAGUAUUUAAAAUGGUUGAGGAAGAGACCGAAUAUGCGAAGACCCAGAUCAUUUUGGCAAGGGAGUAUUUGAAGGAUGUUACUAUUGGCAGGGAGCAAUUGAAGUACCUUGUUUUGGAAGCCAUUCGAGGUGGUUGCCAGGGACACAGAGCUGAGCUCUAUGCUGCCCGUGUUGCAAAAUGCCUGACUGCUCUAGAAGGACGUGAAAAAGUGACAGUGGAUGACCUUAAAAAAGCUGUAGAACUGGUUAUUCUUCCUCGUUCAAUAAUAAAUGAGAAACCACCUGAGCAGCAAGACCAACAGCCUCCACCUCCACCACCUCCUCAAAAUCAAGAUUCUGGGGAUGAGCAGAAUGAGCAGAACGAGGAGGAAGAUCAAAAGGAUGACGAUAAAGAGAAUGAACAACAGCAGGAACAAAUACCUGAAGAAUUCAUCUUUGAUGCGGAAGGAGGGUUAGUUGAUGAGAAACUUCUCUUCUUUGCACAACAAGCACAGAGACGCCGAGGGAAGGCUGGGAGAGCAAAGAAUGUGAUAUUUUCGGAGGACAGAGGACGGUAUAUUAAACCCAUGCUCCCAAAGGGUCCUGUAAAGAGAUUAGCGGUGGAUGCAACCCUCAGGGCAGCUGCUCCAUAUCAAAAAUUGCGUAAAGAGAAGGACACUCAAAAGAGUAGGAAGGUUUAUGUUGAGAAAACUGACAUGAGGGCAAAGAGAAUGGCAAGAAAAGCCGGAGCACUGGUAAUAUUUGUGGUUGAUGCUAGUGGGAGCAUGGCAUUGAAUCGAAUGCAAAAUGCAAAAGGUGCAGCACUAAAGUUGCUUGCUGAGAGUUACACAAGCAGGGAUCAGGUUGCUAUCAUUCCUUUCCGUGGAGAUGCUGCUGAAGUUCUUUUGCCUCCUUCCAGAUCAAUUUCAAUGGCAAGAAAGCGCCUUGAAAGGCUUCCAUGUGGUGGUGGUUCUCCCUUAGCUCAUGGCCUAACAACUGCUGUCAGGGUUGGGUUAAAUGCAGAGAAGAGUGGUGAUGUUGGACGCAUAAUGAUUGUUGCAAUAACUGACGGCAGAGCCAAUAUAUCACUAAAAAGGUCUACUGAUCCCGAAGCUGCUGGUCCUGAUGCUCCAAGACCUUCGACACAAGAAUUGAAGGAUGAGAUUCUUGAAGUGGCUGGGAAAAUAUACAAGGCAGGGAUGUCACUCCUCGUCAUUGACACAGAAAACAAGUUCGUUUCAACUGGUUUUGCUAAAGAAAUCGCAAGAGUUGCUCAAGGAAAAUACUAUUACUUGCCGAAUGCAUCAGACGCAGUUAUUUCAGCCACAACGAAAGAAGCUUUAUCAGCCUUGAAGAGUUCAUGAUUUUAACAUUCUUGAUCACCCAAAUCUCGAGGAUUGUAUCAUGUAUCCCACCUGAUCGAGCAUGAAACUGACAAGCAUGGUUAACCAUGUAGAGAGUUAACUUUUAGGUCUUUUUUUUCUGUUAAAUUCUGCAUGUAUUCUCAGUUGUGGAAUAAAUUCAUUUUUAUCUUUUAGAAAUUAGAACACCUCCUUUUGAUA